CCAUACGCACGUAAUAUAAAGAAAAGAAGAGAUUAAAUUUAAACCCCUCCAAAAAAUCAACCCACUGAAAUGCGACAGAAGCUUCCCUUCCUCCCAAUGACCAUUCCACGCCAACGCCCCAAUUCAUUGUUUUAUUAUUUGUCAUAGAAAUAAAGCCAAACAAAUAUCACCAUCCUCGUUAGGUUUCCUUCAGCUCUCCUCUCUCUCUCUCUCUCUCUCUCUCAAGGCCUUUAUUCUUUCUUUCUUUCUUUUUUUUUUUCCUCAGUGCUUCUCAAAAUUUCUAGAACCUCACAUCGCUUUCUAGAUUGUCUCAUCGUUGUCUAUAAGAGGCUCCCCACGCGAAUCCACACGUAAUUAAUACUUUAGGCUUCUGGCCGGAGUUAUGGUCUAUCGCCCAUCCCAAGAUUGUUAUUUUCCGGCGAGCAGCGUUCAUGGAGUCUGAUCGGCGGAAGCGCCGCGACGCCGACCCCGUUUACUCUCGAUUCUUCCUCUCUGGGUUUUACUGCUGGGACUGGGAGUUCCUCACCGCUCUCUUGCUCUUUAUAUAGUUCGUGUUCUCAUCAAUUAGUUCUCGGUGUGGUGGGAAUAUAUAAAUAUAGAGAGAGAGAGAGUGUGUGUGUGUUGUGUUUUUAAUUUUAGCGGUAGCUAGUUUGCUAGAAAUCGGUAGUGAAAUUGCGGAGGGGGUUGGUGGGGGAGGGGCAAAUCGGGAAGAAUCAGAAGAGAAAUGGCGCAGAGGACGGUUCCGGCGCCGUUCCUAACGAAGACGUACCAGCUGGUGGACGAUCCUAGCACCGAUGACGUGAUCUCGUGGAGCGAAGGCGGCGCCACCUUCGUCGUCUGGAAGACCGCCGAGUUCGCCAAGGAUCUGCUCCCCAAUUACUUCAAGCACAACAACUUCUCCAGCUUCGUCCGUCAACUUAACACUUAUGGUUUUCGAAAGAUUGUGGCCGACAAAUGGGAGUUCGCGAACGAGAAUUUCAGGCGGGGACAAAAAGAGCUUCUUCCCGAAAUCCGGCGCCGGAAAACUGUGCCGGCAUCUCCUGCUCCGGUUUCGGUAGCCGGAAAGUCCGCCGGCGGCAGCCCUUCCUCGCCAUCGAACUCCGGCGAGGACAUGGGGUCCACCUCCACGUCCUCACCGAGGGGGGACUCGAAGAGCCCCUGUUCGGUGGAGACGGCACAGUUCGCCGAUUUAUCGGGCGAGAACGAGAAGCUUCGACGGGACAACGAGAUUCUGAGCUGCAAGCUCGCGCAGACCAAGAAACAGUGCGAGGAGUUGGUAGGAAUUCUGACGGAGUACCUGAAGGUGGCGCCUGAUCAGAUCAAUCGCAUCAUGCGGCAAGGAAGCGACGGGCCCAGCCGCGACGGAUUGGUCGGCGAUGCAGGCGAUAAUUACCACUACGAAGAUGAUGACGAAAAAGGGGUGGGUGAAGACGAUAAGGAUUGUUUGAAAUUGUUUGGGGUUUGGUUGAAGGGGAAGAAGAAAAGGGGGCGGGAGGAGAAAAUUGGGUGCGGCGGCGGGCCACACCCGAAGGGGAUGAAGAUGGCGGUGGACUUUCGCGCCGAGCCCUGGAUGGAGAUGGCUUCCACUGCCGGGGAGACUAGUAAGGUCUGCAAUUGAUGAAUGAGAGCUCGACGCGUAAGCUUGGGGGGGCGUGGCGGUGUGCGCAGGGUAAUCCCGUGCGCCGCUCCUGCGCAUGCUAUCUUCGUUGCUGACGCGGAAGAAAACAUUGUAACUUAUGUUUGGGAAUAAGUGUGAAUGGCGUGGGAAGGGAAUUUAAUGUACUCUCUAAAAUAAUAAUGGUAGGGUCAAUGUUGAAGUUCCAUGUAGGAUGAGUGUGCGUAAAUGACACUCUCCACUCAGAAUAUAUUCUUGGGAAAUAUUCUAUUUUAUCAUUUAUACCCAUUGGGUAUAUGUAUUA